AUGCGCCCACCUCCUCCCGCCGCCUCUGCCGCACUAUCCAAGCAGCACCUCCUCCGCUUCCACCGCUGCCUCCCACCCGUUUGGCGAAAUGCCGCCCCUGCCCAGGACUCGCUGCCGCCGUCACGCAACUCCUCAUUCUCCCCUGCUUCCCUCUCGGCCCUUCUCUUCUCCUGUACCGCGCAUCGCGCCCACCGUCCCGGGGAGCAGCUGCACGCACAUGUCGUCACGCUCGGCCUGGGCGCGCACCCCUCGGUGCUCCCCAGGCUCACCGCCCUCUACAUCGCCCUCAGUGACUUCCCUGCCGCGCGAGCGACCAUCGAGCAGGCGGCGAGAAAUGCGCAGGUUUUCCCCUGGAACCUGCUCAUUUGGGGCUACACUGGACGGGGGUUGUGGGAAGACGUGGUCCUUGCGUACGAGAAGAUGCUGGCACUGGGCGUCGACACCGACAGGUUCACGUACCCGUCGAUUCUUUGUGCCUGCAGCGAGCUUCGGGAGGUCACCGUUGGCCGAAGGAUUGAACGGCGUAUCCGGAGGUGUAGAUAUGGAUUGGACAUGUAUGUUUGGAAUGCUUUGGUGGGGAUGCAUGCCAAGUGCGGGGAGCUGUAG